AUGGCCGAUACGGAAACUGUCUCUGCCACUGAUGGCACUCAAAAGUCGCGACCUGAGAAGCCUGAUGAAGCGAAGUUCAAGGCUGCCCUUGCACAGGCGGAGAAGGAACACGAAGCCGCCCAGGCCAGAUUUAACGCCGCCCGAGCCAAACUCGACAGUGCCCGUCCUGGAAAGUCCACGCCCGCCAACGACCGCUUCAAAGAGCUUGUGGAAGAACAAAAGGCGAUCCGUCAGAAGCAGCAGGAACACAAGUCGGCGAAGUCAGGCCAACAGGAGAAGUUCAACCAGAAUGAUGCCUUGAUCAAGAAGCUCAUCGCCGAGCAGAAGGAUGCCCGCACCCGUGCUGGAUUCAAGAACGCCGAGGAGAUCGAUGCCAAAAUUGCUAGCAUCAUGAAGCAAGUUGACUCUGGUAACAUGAAGCUGGUGGACGAGAAGAAGGCGUUGGCUGAGGUUUCGGCCCUGCGUCGCCAAAGAAAGGGAUUCACGGCUCUGGACGAUCUGCAGAAGAAAAUCGACGAGAAGAAGGCCGAGAACGCAGAGCUGAAGAAAUCCUUCGACAACCCGGAGGCUCGUGCUUUGGCGCAAAAAUAUGAAGAGAACCAGAAAGAGCUCGACCAGAUCAAGGCCGCGCGUGAGGACACCAACAAGAACUUGGACGCCUUGAAAGCGGAGCGGGAGAAGUUGUACCAGGAGCAGCAGGCCACGUACGCUAACAUCCGGAAGAUCAAGGACGACUACUAUGCGCAAAGGAAGGCUUACAAGGAGUACGAAGACCAACUUUACCAGCAACGCCGGGAGCGACAGAAGGCCGAGCGUGAGGCCUACGAGAAGGAAAAGCGUCGCCGUAUCGCCGAGCAGAAACUUGAAGAAGCCAGCGAACCGGCUUUCUCGAACGAGAUUCGUAUUGCUGAAGGUCUCAUUCGCCAUUUUGACCCGUCCUCGGUUAAUUCUGGAGAGGCCAAGGAGUCAGCCAGCCAGCUCGCCGCGACCGCGCAACGACAAGUGGACGAUGCCGGCUUCAAGGGCAUGAAGGUCAUGAAGAAAGAGGACGAGGACUUCUUUGUGGGAAGUGGAGGCAAGAAGAAGGGCAAAGGUGGCAAGAAGGCUGCUGCUUCCUCUACCGCCGAAUCUGGAAAAAUCAACCUGAACAUUGGCAUCAUCGAAGAGCUGGCCAAGGUCGGUGUCGACCCACCAAGCACUCAAGCUGAUGUUCCUGCCGUUGUUGAGAAAUUGAAGGCCAAGGUUGAAGCCUGGAAGAAGGACCAAGAGAGCCAGACCAAGAAGAACAUCGAGAAAGCCAAGAAGGAAAUCGAAAAGCUGGAGCAGGAAGCCACUGAAGCGUCCAAUGCCUCUCCUCCACCUUCUCGAGGCGCCGGCAAGGGCGGCCGAACCGAUCGUGCGAAGAAGGUUGCAUUGAAAGACUCUGGUGUCAAUGGAACUAUUUCUGUCGAGGCCGAGGAAGCACAGGAAAAGGAUGCAGUUGCUGAUGUUGCUAAGGAGCUGAAGGAAACCAAGAUCGAAGACAAGGAGAAUGAGGAGGUUGCCACGGCAUAG